CCCGUGGGCGAGCGGCGCCGGGCCGCGAGUCUCUGCUGGCUCUGGGCGCCCGCAACAAGUGGCCGCCGCGCUCCCUCCCCGGGGAAGCCGCGGGUGCGCAGGGGCGCCCGGAGGAGGCAGCGGAGCCCGGGAGCCUCGGCCGCCCGCGCGGCUCAGCGCCCACCUCCGGGGGAUCGGGGCGGGCGGAUGGGGACCCGGCGGCGGCGGCGCGGCGAGCCUCUGGGCGGCCCCGGGGCGCGGGCUCUCCGCGGCGCAGCGCCCGCUGGCCCCGAAGGCGGAUUCUAAGGGCGGCGGCCGCUCCCGGCCCCACCCGGCGCCAUCGGGGGUGCCCGGAGGGGACGGAGAGCCCCCACCCACCCGAGUGCAGGGGCCGCCCCCGGUCGGAGAUCGGUCCCGGAGCGUGGGGUAUGCGCAGCUAACGGUCCCGUCGGGCGGGCUUUCCUCUGGCGGAGCGCACAGGCGGUGCGCCCCAGCUAUGGAGUGUCCCGGGAGACGGCGGGCAUGACGGCGGCAGGAUGGGCGCGAACAAUGGCAAACAGUACGGCAGUGAGGGCAAAGGCAGCUCAAGCAUCUCAUCCGACGUGAGUUCAAGUACUGAUCACACGCCAACCCAAGCCCAGAAGAAUGUGGCCACCAGCGAAGACUCCGACCUGAGCAUGCGCACAUUGAGCACGCCCAGCCCAGCCCUGAUAUGUCCACCGAACCUGCCGGGAUUUCAGAAUGGAAGGGGCUCGUCCACCUCCUCGUCCUCCAUCACCGGGGAGACGGUGGCCAUGGUCCACUCCCCGCCCCCGACCCGCCUCACCCACCCGCUCAUCCGGCUGGCCUCCAGACCGCAGAAGGAGCAGGCCAGCAUCGAGCGCCUGCCGGACCACGCCCUGGUGCAGGUCUUCUCCUUCCUGCCCACCAACCAGCUGUGCCGCUGCGCCCGCGUGUGCCGCCGCUGGUACAACCUGGCCUGGGACCCGCGGCUCUGGAGGACUAUCCGCCUGACGGGCGAGACCAUCAACGUGGACCGCGCCCUCAAGGUGCUGACCCGCAGGCUCUGCCAGGACACACCCAACGUCUGCCUCAUGCUGGAAACCGUCAGUGUCAGUGGCUGCAGGCGGCUCACGGACCGAGGUCUUUACACCAUUGCCCAGUGCUGCCCGGAGCUGAGGCGGCUGGAAGUCUCCGGCUGUUACAAUAUCUCCAACGAGGCGGUCUUCGACGUGGUGUCCCUCUGUCCCAACCUGGAGCACCUGGAUGUGUCAGGGUGCUCCAAAGUGACCUGCAUCAGCUUGACCCGGGAGGCCUCCAUUAAACUGUCCCCCUUGCAUGGCAAACAGAUUUCCAUCCGCUACCUGGACAUGACGGACUGCUUCGUGCUGGAGGACGAAGGCCUGCACACCAUCGCGGCUCACUGCACGCAGCUCACCCACCUGUAUCUGCGCCGCUGCGUCCGCCUCACCGACGAGGGCCUGCGCUACCUGAUGAUCUACUGCACCUCCAUCAAGGAGCUGAGCGUCAGCGACUGCCGCUUCGUCAGCGACUUCGGCCUGCGCGAGAUCGCCAAGCUGGAGUCCCGCCUGCGGUACCUCAGCAUCGCGCACUGCGGCCGCGUCACCGACGUGGGCAUCCGCUACGUGGCCAAGUACUGCAGCAAGCUGCGCUACCUCAACGCGAGGGGCUGCGAGGGCAUCACGGACCACGGCGUGGAGUACCUCGCCAAGAACUGCACGAAACUCAAGUCCCUGGACAUCGGCAAAUGCCCUCUGGUCUCCGACACCGGCCUGGAGUGCCUGGCCCUGAAUUGCUUCAAUCUCAAGCGACUCAGCCUCAAGUCGUGCGAGAGCAUCACCGGCCAGGGCUUGCAGAUCGUGGCGGCCAACUGCUUCGAUCUCCAGAUGCUGAACGUCCAGGACUGCGAGGUGUCCGUGGAGGCCCUGCGGUUUGUGAAACGCCACUGCAAGCGCUGCGUCAUCGAGCACACCAACCCUGCCUUCUUCUGAACGGACAGCUUCCUCCGGCCGCCGCUGUUUCCCUACGAACCUGAACAGAACAAAAUGGUUUUUUUGUUUUGUUUUUUUUUUAAAGCAGCAUAUGUAAGCACCGACACCCACUCAUAACAGCUCUCUCCCCCAGGAAGGUUCUUAAGAAUCUGCUUUUUUUUUUUUCUCCCCCUAAUUUCUCAUGGGCAGCAGAGGUCAAGGUGGGGGAGGGAGGACACAUUUCUGUUACAGUAAACGGUUUUGGGGGUCAGGUCAUUGUAGGCAGUUUCUCUUCUCAAAAAGGUGUACCUCAGAAAGCUUACUGCAGCAUCUUUAGAAACGCCCCUUUUUCUCUCUGUCUCUCUCCUCCUUCCCCAGGGUUCUGCACCCUGACCCCUCACAGCGCACCCCUCCCUCUCCAACAGCAGCAAGGCAUCAGAAUGAUAAUGCUCUCCAGACCGCCUUCUCUUUAAACUACCUGAUUGGCCUAAUCCACACUUCAGCCCCACACCCAAGCAAAUUCUUGUUAAAUAAAUGUCACAGCCACCUGGUAUUCACAAAGCACUUCCAAGCCUUUUUUAAAGAAUCACUUGUGGCAGGCAGCAUGGUGGAGGAAGAGACCUGCAUCUCCCCUCCUCCAGCUCUGCCACUUACUAGCUGUGUGACUUUGGGCAAAGCACUUGACCUCUCUGGGCUUCUGCUUCCAGCACUGAAUCGGAGGCCAUCGUCUGAUCUAAUCGAGGAUUAGCUUCAUGCCAAUUUCAGAGCUGAGGGAACAGAGAUGUCAAUAAAGAGAGACUUUUUGGCAUAGAGCACAGGAGGCAUCCUCUUCAGAGGCUAUUGAUUCUGUGGAUGCUUUCAGAAGUGCCAACACCAGUGUCCUGUGUGUCCUUCACUCCAAUCUGAGUUUGUUUUGGUGGGUGAGUCUCUUCUCCUGCCCCCACUAGAUGGAUGGUUUUAAUACACAAAUGCUGUCGGCAUCACCCCAGCCCACAUCAUCGUGCGGAGGCAAUAGAAUUCCCAAUCACAGCAAAACCCACAUCCCUCAGUCAAAGUUGAUCUUUUGGAGUUUUGUUUUUUGGUUUUUGGUUUUUGUUUUUUUCAAAUAGAAGGAAAGACCCUUACAGUUUUUAAUUAGCAAGUGAGGCCCAAGGGAACACAUGUCCUCUAGGGCUUUCUUAAUCCCUCUCACCGCACACGUGGCACAUGAGCACAUCUGCCCUGCAGCUGGCAGGAACAGAUGCCUCGGUUCUUUGUCAUUCAGAUCACAUUUCUACUUUUCUCACCUAUUUAUUUCUCUGUGAGUCCAAACUUCAUCACAUGAAGCCUGUUGGGGUUAAGUCGUCAGUGUUGCCUUGUGUGGCUUGCCACCUUGUGUGACUGCGUGUCCUCUGUCAAAGAUGCAGAGCAGACUUCCAGGUAGUUUAAAUAUUGUUCCCUCAAAAGUGCCACAUGAGCGGAAGUGAGAACACAUUGAUAAGACUUAGGCGCUGGUCCAGGCCCUGGGAAUAGAACAUCAAUAUCACUGCCAAGGAUGAGUUUUAAAUGGCCCUGUUUGGAUAGAAAUCCAUUUGCUAGCCUCAUGCAUGUAAAGUCAGGAUGCCAGAAGAAACUCUAUUGCUCGCGUUCAUGAAAUUUAAUUGCCUUUUGUUAAUAAGCCUGUGACCUCUCUUAAAUUAUUCUCUGGCAACACCCGUCCUUCAUCACUGUUCAAACAGUUCAUCCAUUUCUGUCUCAAAGGAUCCAUCCACACCCAGAACCUCUGUUUCUCCAAGCCUAGCACGUGGAAUUGGUUCCAGAUCAAGCCUACGCAUCACUUAACAACUGCCCUCCCACUGUUGGCGCCUUGCGUGCCUUUAUCUUAUGCUGGGAAGGAGAAGAUAGGAUGAAGUGGUAUCACAUGAAAUAUGCCUCCUCUCCAGUCAACUCCAUCAGCAAUCGAGAGGCGCAGUCAAGACCGUGUGUCAUGAGGGAAAAGGAGUUGUUUGGCUGGGGAGGGUGCCUGGUCACACAGUUUAGAACCAUGAAAGGGGUUGAAGGUAGCACUCCCUUGCUCUGUGACUUGUGAUCCUGUCUAACAGCUCGGAAUUUGAAACUCAGAAAGGAUUAUCCCUAACCCUUGGCCCUGGGACCUUCCAAGUGAACUGGUUUAACACUCCUAGAAUGAAGGCAGAGAUCCAAAAUGGCUCUGGGAACCAGAGAAGUGGGGUGGGGGUCCUAUUCCAAAUAUCUGUCUGUAUCACCAGUCCCUGACCACAUCAUCUAAACUGUCUUCCAAACAUGAGACGAAGCUGACUUGCACACUGUUGCCCAGCACACACUGUCUUUCCCAGUUUCUCCCUUUCCCCCGGUCUUCUCUUCAUCCUUUCUGCUUCCCCUUGUCGUGUGAACCUGUGACAGAGGUUACUAGGGGAAACAGCUCAGCAGAUUUUGAGAGACCAAGCAAAAAAGCCUCACUAGGAAAUUUAUCUGUUUUUAAACAUUGCUUCCUUCCUGCCUCUGCUAAAUUGAAUGCUCAUUGUUUUUUUUAUUUUUUUUUUUGUUUUUUUGUUUUAAAUUCCAAUGUUCAAAUCACUGCGUGCUGUAUGACUCUAGAAAGCCUUAAUUUACUACCACCAAGAAAUAAAGCAAUAUGUUGGUAA